AUGUCAUUGUCACUAACAUUUCUCUUUCUUUUAACAGAUCACAUUUGUUUGCGGUACAAAUUUGGUGGCAGGCUGGGUAAAGGUGGAUUUGGCUCUGUGCGAAAAGGGACUCGCUACAAGGAUGGUCUAAAGGUGGCUGUAAAAUAUGUUUUAAAGAAGAAAGACACAACAUACAUCACCACUGCUUUGCAUCCCAAACCUCUCCCUUUAGAGAUUGCAUUGGCAAUCAUCAUCAAUAGGGAGCCCAACUGUCCACAUAUCAUUGAAUUGCUGGACUGGCAGGACAACCCAGACUACUACCUAAUAGUCAUGGAGCACCCAGAGUCAAGCAUGGAUUUGGAAAAGUUUCUUAAAUGCAGUGGAGGUGUAAUCAGCGAGCAGGUUGCCCAGUACAUCAUGUGGCAAACCAUUUAUGCAGCUAACUUUUGCUGUUAUCGCGGUGUUUUCCAUCGUGACAUUAAGCUGCAAAAUGUGCUUGUGAACCCGACAACGUUGAAGAUCAAAUUGAUCGACUUUGGAUGUGGGGACCUCAUGAAGGAUUCAGGCUACACUGCCUCCUGUGGAACCAAACCGUACUUCGCUCCAGAAUAUUUUGACAGAGGCAGAUACCAUGCAAAGCCUGCAACAGUGUAUUCACUAGGGGUGCUUCUGUUUACAAUGCUGCAUGGGCGAUUUCCAACAGCCAAAGACUUGUACUGCUUGGGCAACAACCAGUCAGCAUUUGCUGUGUCAAAAGAAUGCAUCAGUUUUUUGUGGGCUUGUCUGCAGCGUAGUCCAGACUGCAGGAUUCCCCUGGAGCAGAUGAUUUACCAUGACUGGUUUGUAUUAGGUUUUCCUAAUCACCUGCCAGUUAGCCAGAAUGCAUCUAAACAGCAUAUAAGUCAUCGAUGA